ACAAUCCAUAAUUACACUUAACAUAUCUGAGAGUAAUUCAAAGAGCCCGUCCCAAAUUGCCUGCAUCUGAGAGUAAUUCAAUGAGCCCGUGUGAAUUUGUUUACAAUUGAGAAUAAUUCGCCGUCGUUUGCGGUUCUUUUAGUUUUGCUUUACACUCGCCUUGAGUAGCAUGAGCAGCAUAUGCAUAACGGUGAAAUUUUGUUAAACAAAAAAAAACAAAAGGAAAAAUUGGCUUUAGCUAUCACGGCCGUAUUUUUUGUUGUUGUUGUGUUUUGUAUACAUUUCUUGCUUAUAAUAAUUACUGUUUAUUAUCUGGACAUAUAAGCCACAAGUUUAUUGGCUUCGUCCAUCUUAACCCAACAACCAAGAAAAAAUUAACUCAAAAAUAUAAUGGGUCCACCUAAGAAAUCCAAAAAAGAGAAAUUUCCUGGUGAUAAAUUUAGCAAAAAGCGUCGUGGUGAAGAUGAAGCAUUCACGCAAUUGGCGGAUGACAAUGAUUCUCUGGACGUUGGCGAAUCGGACGGUGUCCCAGCAGCAGCCUCAAAGAAUGCUGAAAGUAACGAUGACGGCAUCAUGACCGAUGAAUAUGGUGCCAAGGACUAUCGUUCGCAAAUGGAAUUGAAAACGGAUCAUUACAAUCGACCGCUUUGGGUUGCGCCAAAUGGUCACAUUUUCUUGGAGUCCUUUUCACCAAUAUAUAAACAUGCUCAUGAUUUGUUAAUUGCUAUAUCGGAACCGGUUUGCCGGCCCGAGCAUAUUCACGAAUACAAAUUAACAGCAUACAGUUUAUACGCCGCGGUAUCAGUAGGUUUACAAACGCAUGAUAUCAUAGAAUAUCUAAGACGAUUGAGUAAAACUACCGUGCCAGAAGGCAUUUUAGAAUUUAUUAAAUUAUGCACUUUGUCAUACGGGAAAGUAAAAUUGGUAUUGAAAUAUAAUAGAUACUUCAUUGAAUCACCUUAUCCAGAGAUAUUGCAGAAACUUCUUAGAGAUCCAGUUAUACAGCAGUGCCGUUUGAAACGAGAAGAGGGCGAUAAUUUCAUUGAAGGAACAUUAGAAGGCAAAGGCAUAACACAAUUUGGAACAAAAUUACCACCAGGCAGCGACAAGUCAACUGAUGACAAAAACGACGCUCCAACGGCCGCUACUAACCAAGAUGGGAAUGCAACUGUACCUGAAGAUAUUGCAAAUUUCUAUGAUAAGAUCGAUAAUGAAGAAGAAGAUGACGAUGAGGCAAUUUUAAAGACAGUAUCAUUUGAAGUUAAUCAAGAGAAGAUUGAGGUUAUACAAAAACGUUGCAUUGAAAUUGAACAUCCGCUCUUAGCAGAGUAUGAUUUUCGCAAUGAUACGCAUAAUCCUGACAUAAAUAUUGAUCUUAAGCCGGCGGCUGUUUUACGCCCGUACCAAGAAAAGAGUUUACGUAAAAUGUUUGGUAAUGGACGCGCAAGAUCUGGUGUUAUUGUAUUGCCAUGUGGUGCCGGUAAAUCCUUGGUGGGUGUGACAGCCUGCUGUACUGUGCGGAAACGUGCUUUAGUUUUGUGUAACAGCGGUGUCUCCGUCGAGCAAUGGAAGCAACAAUUUAAAAUGUGGUCUACUGCUGAUGAUAGUAUGAUUUGUCGUUUCACUUCAGAAGCUAAAGAUAAGCCGAUGGGCUGUGGAAUUCUGGUUACUACCUAUUCUAUGAUAACACAUACACAAAAACGUUCCUACGAAGCAGAGCAAACAAUGCGUUGGCUGCAACAGCAAGAAUGGGGUAUAAUGGUUCUGGAUGAAGUUCAUACCAUACCUGCUAAAAUGUUUCGUCGUGUUUUAACCAUUGUGCAAUCUCAUUGCAAGCUGGGUUUAACGGCCACCCUUCUACGCGAAGAUGACAAAAUAGCGGAUUUAAAUUUCUUAAUUGGUCCUAAACUGUACGAAGCCAAUUGGUUAGAAUUGCAGAAGAGAGGUUAUAUUGCAAGAGUUCAGUGUGCCGAGGUCUGGUGUCCUAUGUCUCCCGAAUUUUAUCGCGAAUAUCUAACAGCCAAAACGUCUAAAAAGAUGUUACUUUAUGUAAUGAAUCCUUCAAAAUUCCGCAGUUGUCAGUUCCUCAUUAAAUAUCACGAGCAAAGAGGUGAUAAAACUAUAGUUUUCUCAGAUAAUGUAUUCGCCUUAAAGCACUAUGCUAUCAAAAUGAAUAAGCCUUUCAUCUAUGGUCCGACAUCUCAGAAUGAACGCAUACAAAUUUUGCAAAAUUUCAAAUUCAAUCAAAAAGUGAACACAAUUUUUGUAUCGAAGGUGGCAGAUACUAGUUUCGAUUUACCUGAAGCUAACGUUUUGAUACAAAUUUCCUCCCAUGGCGGAUCACGACGUCAAGAGGCCCAACGUUUAGGACGUAUUUUGCGUGCGAAGAAGGGAGCAAUAGCUGAAGAAUAUAACGCUUUCUUUUAUACUCUCGUUUCUCAGGACACUAUGGAAAUGAGUUAUUCGCGUAAACGUCAACGCUUCCUGGUAAAUCAAGGCUAUUGUUACAAAGUGAUUACACAUCUUAAUGAUAUGAAUAACGACCCGGAUUUGUUUUAUAAAAAUCGUGAAGAACAAUCGCAAUUAUUGCAACAAGUAUUGUCCGCUUCAGAUUUGGAUUGCGAAGAUGAAAAAGUGCCCGGUGAACCAGGUUACCGUCCAAAUGUCUCAGCAGCCACAAAGAGAGCCGGCGGCCUAAGUUCCAUGUCGGGCGGCGACGAUGCCAUUUAUUAUGAACAACGCCGCAAGCAUGUCGGAAAUAUUCAUCCCUUGUUUAAGAAAUUUAGAGGAGUUUAAAUUUACCUUUUUUGUUAUUGCAACGGUUGAAUUGAAUAAAAAAGAAUU